AUGAUGAUGCGGAAGUCUUUGACCGCCGAAGAGUCUCAAUUUCUUCUCACUUUGCUCCGAUCCGACCAACGACCGUUGGAUGAGAUCGUCGCCGAAUUCUCCGCCAAGUUCCCUCGGCACCGACUUUUCACUCUCUCAGCUUCUCUAUUACUCCUCCUGGAGGAUAAGAAGAUGUUGCAUUCUACUGAACGUUUGAUUGCAUUCACAAUUCUUCACCAAGGAUAUUCCUUCCAACAGUCCUCCAUACAUCCAUUCAUUUCUUCCUUGAUAACUGCUGCAUGCGAUGAAGGAGCUGAAAAUGUUGAGAGGGGAUUGAUUUUCCAGUUGUUAAGCUCUGGGAGCUCUGGUGGCAGCAAAGAGUUUCUGAGACAUUCUGCAGCAAGUUACAUCAAAGCUUUUGAUCCUUCAGCGCAUGUUUUACCCCAACGGGAACAGUUGGAGCAUCAAUAUGGUGAUAAAGUCCAUCCACAAUCAAAUAGUAACUUGAUUAGAGGCACUUCGGUGAAGAAUAUAGUUGCUGAUCCUGAUGUACCCAAUGGCUGUGAAGCAGAUUUACAAGAGCUUGAUCUGCAACCUAGAGCCAAGCCAAAAGUUGGAUCUGGAGAUCGGGUUGAAACUAUAGCUGGAUUACUGGUGAACUUGUCACCGGAGGGUUUAACUCCUCAAUGGAUUAGGCCUUGCCCACCCUUGAUGCCGGUGCAUGACAGUGAGCUAGUAUGGCUCAAUGCUGACAACAACCAUGAGCUUGUAUGGGACCAUGGGAUGUGUGCUGAUACCAGCAGAGGAGCUGCUGUAAGGGACCUGAUUGCAAAAGCCUUAAAGGGACCUCUCGCUCCGUCGCAACAGGAGCAAGUCCUUGUGGAAUUGACAAACGACCCAAAGCUCGUGUAUCACUGUGGGCUCACACCACGCAAGCUCCCUGAGUUGGUGGAGAACAAUCCUCUCAUUGCAGUCGAAGUUUUGACAAAGUUGAUAAAUUCACCUGAAAUUUCAGACUAUUUUACAGUGCUUGUGAACAUGGACAUGAGUCUUCACUCAAUGGAGGUGGUCAACAGGCUUACAACACAAGUUGAACUUCCAAAGGAAUUUGUGCGCAUGUACAUAACCAACUGCAUAUCAUCCUGUCAAAACAUAAAGGACAAGUAUAUGCAGAACAGACUAGUGAGGCUGGUUUGUGUCUUCCUUCAGAGUCUGAUCCGAAACAGAAUCAUUGAUGUGAAGGACCUGUUCAUUGAAGUGCAGGCGUUUUGCAUAGAUUUUUCGCGGAUUCGGGAAGCAGCUGGGUUAUUCAGGCUUCUUAAGACCUUGGAAUGA